CAGCGUGAAGACAUAUUCAUAAGAACCACAAGUGCCCAGGCCGGGAUACAGGGAAACAGAAACUCGAGUAGAUUAUGUGACCUCAUGCCAUUUCCUGAUGUUUGGCAGUGACACCGAGAGAGGAGUGCAUGUCCUCUCCUUACGUGGAUUUAUCUUUUAAGAAAAGUUUGCUUUGGUCCGGGACAGUUUCUUGUUGUGGGACACAUCAGACAAUAUAAUCAUGGGGCAAGCUGACGUCUCCAGACCGGUAAAUCCAGAUGCUGUUGAGGAAGCAGGCCAGCCCACUGCAGACCCAGGCAUGGUCAUGGACAGUGUGGAAGCAGGAGACACGACACCUCCCACCAAAAGGAAGAGCAAGUUCUCGGGCUUUGGCAAGAUCUUCAAGCCCUGGAAAUGGCGGAAAAAAAAAAGUAGUGAUAAAUUCAAAGAGACAUCAGAAGUUUUAGAGCGAAAAAUAUCUAUGCGAAAACCGAGAGAAGAGCUGGUUAAAAGAGGGGUCCUGUUGGAAGACUCUGAGCAGGGUGAUGAGGAUCCAGGGAAGUUGAGCCAUGCCGUGUUAAAGAAUGGCCAUACCACUCCCAUAGGGAGUGCUGGAUCUUCUAGUCCAGUCCAAGUAGAGGAAGAGCCAGGAAGAAUAGCAAGUCUUAGGAAACCUGUUCCAGAAGAGGACCCAAAGAAGCGACUAGGCUCAACUGGAAGCCAACAUAAUUCUGAAGCAGAGUCCGUUCCUGAGAAUGCACCCAAACAGCCUUUGCUUCCCCCUAAAAGACCCUUGUCCUCUUCUCACGAAGCACAUGAAGAACAAGCAGAGGAUGCCCCCUCCUCUGGCAGCACGGCAAGGUCCAUCUCCUCCGCCACCACCGCCACAGCACCUGCUGCCACGAACCUAGCAAAAACUGUUAACUCCUCUGUCCCCCCUUCCCCAGCACCCAGGACUCUACCUGCUGCUCCUGCCAGCACUAACACUACUGGUACCCCAAGCCUCACUCAUACGGUCCCUGCCAAGCAGCCCCCUGUCCCUCCCCCUAAACCAGCUCACAGAAAUAGCAACCCUGUCAUUGCUGAACUAUCCCAAGCAAUAAACAGUGGUACGAUGUUAUCAAAACCAUCCCCACCCUUACCACCUAAGAGAGGUAUUCCAUCAACCUUGGUACCCACCUUGGAGUCUUCCGCUGCCGCUGCCACCACAAAAUCACCAAGUGAUCAGAAAGAGAAGAGCACGUGCUCUGUGGGCUCCGAACCACUGCUGAUGAUCCCACCUCCCUCUCCAUCCCCCCCACUUCCUACUCAUAUACCUCCAGAACCCCCACAGUCACCUCCAUUCUCUGCUAAGACUUUUCAAGUUGUGCCAGAAAUUGAGUUUCCACCUUCCUUAGACCUACCCCAGGAGGUUCCCCAGCCGGAAGAUCAGAAAAAGGAAGUACCUAAGAGGAUGUUGGACCACAGCUUUGGGGAGCCCCAUGUACCACCUAGGCUGCCCCCAGUCCCACUGCAUAUUCGAAUCCAGCAGGCCUUGACCAGCCCACUUCCCGUGACUCCUCCCUUGGAGGGCUCUCAUAGAGCCCACUCGUUGCUCUUCGAGAACAGUGACAACUUUUCUGAGGACAGCAGUACCCUGGGUCGGACCAGGUCACUUCCCAUCACUAUUGAAAUGCUGAAAGUUCCAGACGAUGAAGAAGAAGAGGAGCAAACCCACCCAUCUGAAUUCGAUGAAGAUGCGGCCUCUACCUCAGUGGUUCCUAAACUACCGCAGUGUCUGCAAGAGGAGGAGGAGGAGAAGGAGAGUGAUUCUGAUUCAGAAGGUCCCAUUCAGUACCGAGAUGAAGAGGAUGAAGAUGAAAGCCAUCAUAGUGCUCUGGCCAACAAAGUGAAGAGGAAAGACACACUGGCAAUGAAGUUGAACCACAGACCCAGUGAACCAGAGUUGAACAUGAAUUCUUGGCCUCGAAAAAGCAAAGAGGAGUGGAAUGAAAUACGACAUCAGAUUGGGAACACACUGAUCCGACGACUGAGUCAGAGACCAACACCAGAGGAACUAGAACAACGAAAUAUACUACAACCUAAAAACGAAGCUGAUCGUCAAGCAGAAAAACGAGAGAUUAAACGUCGGCUCACUAGGAAGCUCAGUCAAAGGCCGACUGUGGCUGAACUACUUGCCAGGAAGAUUCUGAGGUUUAACGAAUAUGUGGAGGUAACAGAUGCUCAAGAUUAUGACCGACGAGCUGACAAACCUUGGACCAAACUGACCCCUGCUGACAAGGCUGCCAUAAGAAAAGAAUUAAAUGAAUUUAAAAGUUCAGAGAUGGAGGUUCAUGAAGAGAGCAAACAUUUUACACGCUACCAUCGUCCAUGACGCUAAAGUUUGAGAGAGGAACUAAACAACCCCCCAAAACAGGGCUGCUUUGCUGCUUCAGUCUCCAGAGUGACAUGGAGGGAACUUCAGCACUUCCCAGCACAGCCAGAAUUGAGUCCUCUGGGAUUUAGUUCUGGGGUGAACAGCACUUCUAUGAAUGUAGCAUUUCACUGGAAUAGAUUCUCAUGUGUUGCCUUGGGCAAAGCUAAACACUUUGUCAGUGCUUUUGUACUUUUUAAUAUUGCAGCAUACUUGAGGGGGUCUUCCGUCACCAGCCGCCAACGUUCUGGGCCACUUGCAGGUUCCAAGUUUUAUUGGCUACACCACACCCUCACCCCAAGAUGACUGCCUGUGCUGUGGCACAGUUUGCACCAUUCACCUUACCUGCCCUGAUCCGGUUGUGAGACCCACUUGUGUAGGCGCUAAAUUCCAGCCAUCAAAUCCAAUUGGUGGUGGGGAAAACCUUCUGGCAAAGUGGCCCCCACUCCAGGGAAGCCUUCAUACCACACUGGCAUGUCAGUUGAAAGCGUUGCACUAUACCUCUUAUAAUACAGCAAUAUAGUCCUCUUCAGGCAGCCCAGCCUGAGAGAAGCUCAGGAUCUGACAUGUUCUUCCUUUUUGGCACAAGUCAUCCUGAUUUUUAUUUAAAAAAAAAAAAAUCUUGAAGAAAUGGUGGAAACUUAUGUUUUUCCUGUCUAUUAAACAAUCUGAGCUGCAACCAGAUUCCAAGUUGGGAAAAUGAGAAAGCAUAUAUGUUUUAUAUACAUAAAAACAAAACCAAAAAAGGCCUUUAUGUUAAUGCCAACUUGGCAGAAAACUAACUCAUGGCUUAAAUUUUAUAGGCGGUUGUACUUUGUUGUACCAAAUGAUACUCAAUCAUUCUGACCAACAGUUGUAUUCUCCCCCAUAAAGCAGAGUUGUGGGAGCAGAGUGUGUGCUUUCGGCACCCACACUUCCAGCCAGAAUCACGGCAAGGUCUUAAGGAUGUGGGGUGCUAGAUGGGAAAAGGCCUUUGGAGAAGCAGUUGGGAGGGACAAAAUCAUGACCCGCUGCUCCCCUCUUCUCCUCAGUGCUGUUUGCCCUGUCCCUCUUCACUCCAAGCACUGAUCCUCCUGCUGACCCUCUCUGGCAGCUUCCACCUCACUCAGCCCUCCUUUUCCAAGCUGUCCCCAGUGCCUGAGCAUUGGCACGGCCCCGCCCCUUUUUGUAUUUGUAAUAUAUAUUAAUAUGAUUUUCUAAAACAGAAGAUUCAGUUGCUUUCUUUUUUAUUGAAAACUAUACAGCCUCACUAUUUCCCUCUAAUUUCUAUCCACACUAAGUGGAAGAAAAAGAAUAGUUUCUGUUUAACUGAUGAAUGUGGCUUUUUCCCUUUACUUUGAUGUUCAGAAAAUUGUGGUGGUUUCAUAGAUUUUUUUUCUGCUUUAUUCUGCACUCCCUGUUGUUCUGUGUGUAAUCUUUCAGUAGAUUUUUCUCUUUCUCUCUUUUCAUGUCCAUGUAAGAUUUACUGAAGAAUCAGAAUAUCAGCUCAAAACAAAAAAGCUAAAGUGACCUUAAAAGGUAGUGUCUUCUCUCUGUAUGGGGAAUAGGGAGGUAUUUGGAUUUCUCAGUGACCGUAAAUGCUUUAUGGCUGGGGAGAUGUACUGGGUCCACAUCUCCUUGAAGCUCAUUAACAUUUGGUAUGACUGAGGGAAAAUAUGUGACACUUCUACCAUGUUGUUAGAGGUCUGUAUAUAAGGUGGCCACACAUUAACUGCUAACUUGACUUCUUCUAACCUUUUUAUCUUGUUGGUUUGGAGACUACUUGGCUUAUAUCAGCAUUCUCAGUGGCUUGAGAGGACAUUUUCAAACCCUUCCCUCACUGCCUUGCUUUCCCUUUAUGUGCCAAGCUUGAAACAGGAUUUGAUUUCCUGAGCUACUUGUCUGCUUUCUAUGUACCACCAAGGAAUCUAGUUCAUCUUUCAUCUCAUUCAUGUUCUUUUGAAACAAGAUACUUUGGGGGUCAAGUCUUUUCAGGUGUUUUUAUAUAUAUAUAUAUAUAUAUAUAUAAAGGAUUUUGUGUUCUCUUUCCAUGUAAGUAACAAUUCACAAUCAUAAUGUAAAGAAAUAAAAGGCCCCAUGUAUUGUACUUCAAGAUACUUCCCUGAUGUACAGAAUCUCCUUGUAAAAUAAAUAAUUGCAUUGUAUAUCAGUCUUCCUAUCAAUAUUAAUUAUUAAAGUAUUUUAGAAUUUAACAAAACCAAACUAUA